UUCUGAUUUGUGCUUUUUAAUAUAUUAGUUUUUUUUUUCAUUUAUUUAUUUUUAAGUCAGAUUAGUUGGAAAUUAAUUAAAAAAACAAACGUCUUGCUAACACCAUAACCGCACUGUGAGUUUGUCGGAAGUUUAAAGGAUGUCUAAACUUGAACGUUUGAAUGCUCGCGUGGCCAAGCUACUGACUGUGGCUGUGCAGGAGGUUCUGGAGGUGGUGAAGGAGACGGUGUCCGAGUACCAGGAGAAAACUGCCAGAACACAAAGAGAGAACAAAAGUCUGAAGAGAAGACUGCAGGAGCUCCAGGACAAGAUAACAAGUGACAACAAUGCUGUAGCAUCUUCUAGAAGUCCAUCACCUGAAGAACAAGAUGACACAGAAAAUCAAGGAUCGUUCAAGGAUUCAGGACUUGCUUUGAGGCAGAACUCAGAACUUCCUCUCACAGAGAAAAAAACAAUAAGCAACCACAAAUCUGAUCAUGACACGGAGCAGGAAUUGGAACAACAGGAGAGCUACAGUAACCCUGAAUCACGAGCUGAGUGCAGCUUGAUGCAAGCAACAGAGCACUGCAAAGCACAACCAGAGGAGGCAAUGAUAGUCCACACAUCACACAGUGUAAACAGAGACAUCGGCACUGUCUCGCCCAAUAAUGCAUGCACCUCCCAUCCCAGCUCAUCACUUGGGGUAGACUUGGCUGUUAUCAAAAGAGAGCCUGAACCAACAGACUGCACAAUAUCAGAACCACCAUGUUUUCAAGAACAGUAUAGUGAAUGUGUGGAUUUAAGCUGCAACUCUUCUCGUUACAACUCUGCUGAGGUACACAGACCACAAGUUGGUGAAGAAACAUGCAGACUUGUCUUUGUCCAAUCAAAUCAUGUCAUACCUAGGAGGCACGGACUCACGAAAAGCAACAGGGCCACAUUCGACGGGAGAAAAAUCAGGAUGGAGCACUUCAGGACAGAUGGCUCACACUCGUGCAUUGUGUGUGGAAAGACAUUUAGCAGGGUCGGGAACUUGAGAAUCCAUCAGCGUUGUCAUACAGGAGAGAAGCCGUAUGGUUGCACACAGUGUGGGAGGCGUUUUAGUCAGGCAGGAGACCUGAAAAAACACAAGAGGGUCCACACGGGGGAGAAACCGUACUACUGCAAUCAGUGCGGCAAAAGCUUUAGUCGGGGGGAGAAUCUGAAAAGACACCAGAAGAUCCACAUUGGACAGAUUUUACAGUUACAGCAAGUGUGGAGGGAGCAACAGCAAUGAUUAUCAUAGUGGACUCACUGCAAAAUCAGCACACUUUUUGUUCUGUGCCAUUAGUUUAAGAAGUAGUUGCAAGAACCAGUUGCUUCAGAAGUUUAAAAUUAAAAGGCUAGCUCAUUGUUACUGGGAGUUACUUGCUAUUCUGGUAUGUAGCCAGUUUUGUGGUACUUAUGAUAGUCUUUUUGUUUAUCUGUUCAUGAUGGAGCUAAAGCUUUACAGAGAGAAAUGCACUGAUAUAAAGCUUACUCUCGAUAUCUGGACUGAUACUUUUUCUGAUAUUCUUUUUGGUUUUAUGUGAAAGUUUGCUAAAUAGAACUGUUAAAUUAGCAGAAGAUCAAAAGAGUUAUUCUUUAAAGGUCCUGCACACAUACAUAAAGGUUAUUGACAUUAUUUUGGAUGAUUAGGUGUCCCGUUAGGACUUUGUUACAUCUCUCACAAUUUUGUUGCACCUGGCAGUGUGUCAGAAAUUACACCUCCAUCACUCCCAUUAGUACAGAGUAAGUAGUAAAGAGUUUUGUGCUCUUCACCUAACCACAACCUGAGUGACGGCCUCAUGUGUCAGAAUAAAUGAAAACACCUGUGGGUGUGUAUAAUGUAAAAUGUGUAAAAUGCAUAACAUAUCAGUAAUGCGUCUGACAUUAAAAAAGGCAAACUUUUGGACACCAACAUUUACUUUAAAAAAGCCAUAUUGGUGUAUCUCUACUUUUUUGUAACAGCUAGUGUCUAAAUUGGAUUAAACAGAUUUACGUCCAUUGAACUUUUAAUUAAAAAACAGGUUUCAACCUUUUAAGAUGACAGUGUGUCAAACAGUGUAACCUUUGGCGGUGUACAGAAUGAAUUAUCUGAUCUGAAGUAAAUGCUGAAGACAGUAACUGAAACUUUUAACAUGAAAAGCAUGAUUGUCAUUAAAACUGCUUGCUUUUCCAGA